AACUUCGUAGACAUCAAAAGCAAUUAAGCAAACACUCGUAAAAAAAGAAAAACAUACGAAAAGAGCAAAGUUCGAACCUCUCUCUCUCUCUCUUAUAAUGGCUCUCUCAAAAUCUCUAGGGUUCAUUCUCCUCGCCGCUUUUUUCGUUUCGUUCACGGUGGCUCAAUCUCCGGCACCAGCUCCAUCUAACGGAGGAAGGCGGAUCUCUCCGGCGCAUUCACCUAAGAAUGCGAUGUCUCCUGCACCAGCUGUUUCUCCUACUCCUCAAACCGCGUUGACUCCAGAAUCCUCCGCCUCUCCUCCAUCGCCACCAUCAGCAGAUUCUCCUUCAGAUUUGCCGGCUGUUUCUCCCUCCUCUAUCUCCAACUCGCCUGCUCAAGCUCCCGCUCCCGUAAGCGGCGCCGUUUCUAACAGCUACGCGGUCUUUGGAUCCGUCGCUGUUAUGUUAACCGCUGCCGUUUUGGCUAUGUAGGUUCUUUGCAUGGAUUUUUUUAGAAUAACUAGGUAUUUAUUUAUUUAAAAUAUUUGCAGAGAGUGAUGAUUAUUUAUUUUUCCUUUUUAUUAUUUCGGAUUACUAUUUGUUUCUCAUUUUUGUUGAUCUCAUGAGUCCCAUACAUAUUAAUAUAUGAGUUUACCAGA